AUGAGCGCCGCCGCGGAGCCGCCGCAGAUCCAAGACUCCGACGGGGUGUCUGUACACCCCGACGCCCUGGGCCUCCCCGAGUGGACUUGGCCUUAUUUUCGAGCUGAAGGUCCUUAUUUGUACAUUCCGUUGCCAGCUGAGGACCCGGAGCACGGGCGGACUCGCGUUUCGGACGCAGCAGCAGCAGCAGCAGCAGCAGCAGCAGCAGCAGCAGCAGCGGGCGACGCGGCGCGCUCGGGCGCGACGGGCGGCUCCCCCGCAGGGCUGGGCCCGCUGCUGCGGCCGUGCGCGUCCGCGGAGUCCACCGCCGCAGCAGCAGCCAGCAGCAGCAGCAGCAGCAGCAGCAAGUGCCGGCACCUGCUGCACGACCUGCUGCUGCAGCGGGGCGGCGUGGAGCUGCUGCUGCAGUUCGUGUCUGCAUGCAAGCAGCACCUGCUGGUGGUCUGCACCGCAGGCCCCGCCCUCUGCGGCCACAGGGGGGUAGUCCAUGGGGGCUUUACUGCAGCACUAGCUGACAACUCUUUGGGGCUUUUGAGUCAUUUGCUGCUGCCAAAAGCAGCAACAAAAGCCCUUUUUGUGAAGUACUUGAGGCCUUUUGCUGCUGGCAGCACUGUGCUGCUGGAUGCAUGCGUUGCUGCAGCAAGUCCCUCUGCAUGCACCAUCCGCGCCACGCUGCUGGGGCCCGCCCCGCCGGCCCUCAAGGGCUGCUUCGCCCCGCAGCAGCAGCAGCAGCCGCUGCAGCAGCAGCCGCCGCUGCAGCAGCAGCAGCAGCAGCAGCAGCAGCAGCAGCAGCAGCAGCAGCUCAGCGGGCUCCACACGCUCCCGCCCAGGGCCGAGGGCCUCUGGGUCAUUGCCGUCGUUACUGGCGAAAUGGUCGACGUCAGCAAACUCUGGAAAGACGUCCUCUGA